AUGUCUGAAAAAGUAGGAUUCAUAAUUCAACAAUUCACUUGUUUCAUUGGAGGUUUUAUUGUUGCUUUAGUUAAAGUAUGGAAAUUAACACUCGUGCUUUGUUCUGUACUUCCACUUCUUGCAAUUUCUGGUGUUGUCAUAUCAAAAUCUUUAUCUAGCGAUGCAUCAGAAGGUCAAGACGCAUAUGCUGCAGCAGGUGGUGUUGCAGAACAAGUAUUAUCCGGGAUUAGAACAGUAGUGGCAUUUGGUGGUGAACAGCGUGAAAUACAACGUUACAUCUCAAAACUUGAAAUAGCAUAUAAAUUUGAAGAAGAUGAGACUUCUGUUAUAAUUGAUGAUAAUCCUGAUGGACUUAGGAGUAGAGCAAAUUUUUGGGCAGCAAUGUUUGGAGUCAUUGCAUUAGUAUCUGGACUAGCAAACUUUAUUCAAGUAACAUCAUUUUCAUUAUCAGCUGAAAGAUUGACAAAACGUCUACGUACCAUGACAUUUACAUCACUUGUCAAACAAGAAGUUGCCUUUUUCGAUGAUAUAAAAAAUGGAACCGGUGUUUUAACUUCUAAAUUAGCUGUUGAUGCUUCAAAAGUCGAAGGUUUAGCUGGUAAUUUGAUGGGCAGUAUAAUAAUGAACACCACUAAUUUGAUUUUUGGUUUAGGAAUCGCAUUUUAUUUUGGUUGGAAGCUUACAUUAGUAAUUUUAGCCGCCUCACCAGUUGCUGUAAUUGCUGGUUACUUGGAAUUUAAAGCUCUUGCGGGACUUGGUACAAAGACACGUAAAGCUUAUGAAUCAACAGGACAAAUUGUACAACAAAGUGUAUCUAACAUGAGGACUAUAGCAUCUUUGACAAGAGAAGAGACAUUUAAAAAUAAGUUUAUUGAAGCACUUGAAGAACCACAUAAAAUUGCUAUUAGAGGCUCAAUACUUGUUGGUUUUGGAUUUGUAUUAACGGAACCUUCAUAUGUAAUUCUUUAG